AUGAGUAACACAUCAACUUUCAUAUCAAUAGAGGAAGCCAUUAAAGAAUUCCAGCAAAAUAAUUUUUUAAUUGUAAUGGAUGAUGAAACACGAGAAAAUGAAGGUGACUUAAUUAUUCCAGCUGCUAACAUAACAUCACAACAGAUGGCAUUCUUGGUUCGUUAUUCCAGUGGUUAUGUAUGCGCACCAACCACAAACAAACGUGCUAAUGAACUAGAUUUACCAUUGAUGUCUACUUUGCAAUGCCAAGGUGUCAAGGAUAAAAAAAGUACAGCUUACACCAUGACUUGUGAUUAUGCUUAUGGUACCACUACCGGAAUUUCCAGUGCUGAUAGAAGCUUAACUUGUAGAAAGUUAGCCGAUUUAAUUGGUACCACCAAACCAUCCGAUUUUAUUAAACCUGGUCAUAUUGUUCCAUUAAGAGCUGUUGAUGGAGGCGUUUUGGUAAGAAGAGGUCAUACAGAAGCUGCUGUUGACUUGUGUAAACUGGCUGGUUUACCGCCAGUUGGUGUUAUUGGUGAAUUGGUUAAGGAAGAUGACGGAUUAAUGAUGAGAUUAGAUGAUUGUAUAGAAUUUGGCAAGAAAUACAAUAUCAAGUUAAUUAAUGUCCAACAAUUGGUAGAAUAUAUCGAAAAACAAUAA